CUUAAAGUGAGGUGGUCGGCUUUUCUAAUAUAAUAAAUACAUGGUUCUCUUCUUUUAGGUUAAAUAUCUAUAUGUACAAAAUUUAGUACGCGCGAAAACUGUAAGAUUAGUUUAUUAAGAAUGACAUCGCUUUUAAAAAAUAUUAAUGGACUUCAACUUUUUCACAAAUGCUUGAAACAAAGUAUCAAUGUGACUUCUAUUCCAAAGCGAGAAAAGUAUAUACCUAGUCUUAAAACUAGGUAUCGUCUCCCACAGUGGCUUCCAAAACCACUACAUGUUCGGCAUGACGAACGUUUAACAGAAGAUAAUAAACAGUUUCUUGAAGAAGUAGUUCAAGAUAAAUAUGGUCCACCUAAUAUUGGAUUUGGAAUGAGUCUUUCCCCUUUGAAAAUAGAUCCAAUUGAACCAAUAACAGAAUGGAAACCAAAUAUGAAACGUACUGGUUUAAUUGCUAAAAAAAUAGGAAUUUAUCCAUUAUGGUUGAAAAAUGGAAAAAAGGUUACCUCAACAUUACUUCAGAUCGUUGAUAAUGAAGUAGUAAAAUAUAUACCACCAGAGAAGUUUAAUCCAGUAAUAAGCUCCAAACCUGCAAUACAAAUUAAAAACAGAUUGGGAUGUCUUGUAGUAGGUGCAGAAAAUAUAAAUCCACAAUUGGUCACUAAAGAAUAUUAUGGUAUCUUUAACGACACUGGAGUUAUGCCAAAACGUAUACUAAGAAGAUUUAUGAUAUCUCCGGAAGCGGCAUUACAACCAGGAACUCCAUUGUUUGCUGCACAUUUUAAAAUAGGAGACGUCGUCGAUAUCCGUGCAAAGACGAUAGACCGUGGCUUUCAAGGUGUUAUGAAACGAUGGGGCUUUAAAGGCAUGCCUGCCAGUCAUGGUGUAACCAAAACUCACAGAAGACCCGGAAAUAUCGGGUCAGGUGGCACAAAAGCCCGAGUCAUGCCUGGCACCAAAAUGCCAGGACACAUGGGUAAUAGGUGGCGUAUUCUUAGAGGCGUUCGGAUUCUACGAAUAAAUACGAAGUAUAACAUAAUUUGGGUCCUGGGACAAAAUAUACCUGGCGAAACCAACACUUACUGUUACAUGUUUGAUACAAUACUUCCUCUGAGGCGACAUAAGGAAGCGCCGAAUUUCCCUACUUAUUUACCAAGCAUUACCGAAGAAUCGCUUCCUGAGGAAAUGUAUGCAGAUGAUGUACAUCGAUUUAUUGAUCCCACGAUAGAAUUUAAAGAAGAGUCUUAAUUAUGUGUGUAUAUAUAUAUAUAUUCGUAUAUUACAUUAAAAAAAUGUAUAAUUCCA